AUGGCCCGGGAACAGGGUAACGGCUAUAAUUCCCGGAGCCUGAAAUCGCAGCAAGUAGCAGCAAGUAGAGGUAGCGUCUUGAAAAUCGACCCACAGACCUUUGAGAACUUUUACCGCGUCCUGACCGGCGUGGUGGUACCGCGCCCCAUAGCGUUCGUGUCGACCCAGUCGCCAGACGGAGUGGACAACCUGGCCCCCUAUUCCUUCUUCAACGCCGUUGCCUACGAUCCACCGACAGUGGUCUUCUCAUCGUCACGCCGUGUACCACACAAGAGCAAAGACACUCUGCGGAACAUUGAGGAAACGGGCGAAUUCGUGGUGAACAUCGUGGUGGACGGCAUAGCCGAGGCGAUGAACCAGACUGCCGCUGAAUACCCUGAGGACGUGGACGAGUUUGAGAUUGCCGGACUGACCGCGGUGCCGUCUGACCUUGUAAAGCCACCCAGAGUAGCUGAGUCGCCGGUCAACAUGGAAUGCCGCUUGAACCAGAUCAUAGAACUGGGGGACGGCUCUGGCGGACACGGUCUGGUCAUCGGUACGAUCGUUCUGAUGCACGUUCGCGACGACAUCAUCAACGGCCAUCGAAUCAACCACCACCUGAUGAAGCCGACGGGCCGCCUGGCUGGCAGCAUGUACUGCCACACCGACGAUACGUUCGAACUGGUUCGACCGACUUACGAUCCGGAAGAGAGCAAGGCUCUCUCCGGCUAG